GGCCGUGCGUGCGCAGGCGCAGUCGUACAAGGGAGCGCCGAGCGGUCGAUCCGGGGCGCUCCGCGGCGCCGUGUCCCGACCGGCCGAGUCGGCGCAGAUACUUCAGUGGGCCUGGUGGGUUCGUGUCCAGCGCGUGUCAAACUGGCUCCAGCCCCUGCAUCAGCUUCCUGAGGGGGCAGGACCCUCCCAGGGGCCUCCUGCCUUCUCUUUCUCGGCCCACUGCGUGGCUGGGAGCCUCGAGAGCUUGACUUCAGCCCCUCGGUCUUUGCUGUCGCCACCGGAGCCUGCAGGAUGUUUCACGGGAUCCCAGCCACUCCGGGCAUCGGAGCGCCUGGAAACAAGCCGGAGCUCUACGAGGAAGUGAAGCUGUACAAGAAUGCCCGGGAGCGGGAGAAGUACGACAACAUGGCCGAGCUGUUUGCCGUAGUGAAGACGGUGCAGGCCCUGGAGAAGGCCUACAUCAAGGACUGCGUCACCCCCAACGAAUACACCGCCGCGUGUUCCCGGCUCUUGGUCCAGUACAAAGCCGCCUUCCGGCAGGUUCAGGGCGCAGAAAUCAGCUCCAUUGAUGAAUUCUGCCGCAAGUUCCGUCUGGACUGCCCGCUCGCCAUGGAGAGGAUCCGGGAGGACCGGCCCAUUACCAUUAAGGACGACAAGGGCAACUUGAACCGCUGCAUCGCUGACGUGGUCUCGCUCUUCAUCACGGUGAUGGACAAGCUGCGCCUGGAGAUCCGUGCCAUGGACGAGAUCCAGCCUGACCUGCGGGAGCUGAUGGAGACCAUGCAUCGCAUGAGCCACCUGCCCCCGGACUUCGAGGGCCGCCAGACUGUGAGCCAGUGGUGCGCCAGAUGCUCUUCGACCUGGAGUCGGCCUACAACGCCUUCAACCGCUUCCUGCACGCCUGAGCCGCCCGGCCCGGGGUCCCCGGGAGGGCUCUGCAGCGCGCCGCGUACCUGUCCCCCAGAUAGUCCUGUGUCCUGCCACCCAGAGUGGCUCCAUCUGGGUGCCCGUCCCUGGUGUCUCAACCCACCUUCCCCACAAUAAAGACCCUUUCUGACCGCCCUGCUCUCGUGAA